AUGGGGGACGGAUACAGAGAGUCCCGCUACCGGGACCGCGAUGGCAGCGAGUCGGGCGAGGAGCGAUACAGAACCACAAAGGUCCGUCGCUACAAGAUCAAGCCCGGCCGUGACGACCACUACGAGAGCUUCGAGGUCGAUGACGAGCCCCGGUCCCGCUACUCUGGUAUGCCCGUCCGAACCCGAGAUGACUACUACGACUUUGACCGUCGCCCGGAGCGCCCGCGUUCAGAGUUUAUCCCCCGGUCGGAGCAUCCUGACGACCGCCGUAGCGCCUACUAUGAGCACGAGAAGGACUUUCACAAAGACGCAGACCCAGGCCGUAUCACUGUCUGGGAGCCCAAGGAGAGCGACGUGGACUUCGAUCGCCGGUCUCGCUUUAGCCGACACGACGAUGAGAUUCGCGUCGAGAAGGAAUACGAAGGUCGAUACAAGGAUUCGCACGGCCAUGAUGUUGACCGAAUCCAAAAGGAAACUGAAUACUAUAUCCGACCCAGCCCUCCCCCUUCCCCAGUCAUAGUCCGCCAGCGAGCUGAGCCCCAAAAGAUCAUAUUCCAGGAAGCCCCGCCCCCAGCACCCAUUGUCGUACCGCGCCAAGAGCCCAACAUCGUGAUGCUGAGGGAAAAGGAGCCUGUCCGUGAGAUGGUCCGGAGGGAAAAGGAGCCCGCUCGGGAGAUGGUCCGCAGGGAGCGGGAUAGGCCGGAGGAGGAGUACUACUACCGCCAUGAAGAAUAUGAUGGCCCCUACCGUAGCAGAUCCGACCUCGACAGGGAGCGAGAUUACGCUCUAGCGCGGAUGGACCACCACCACCGCCGUCAUCACGAUAGCUACAGUGACGACGAAGACUACUAUGUCCACCAUCGACGAAUUGUCCGGAAGGAACGUAGCGAAAGCCCGCACCGCAAGCGCAUAAUGGCUGCCGGUGCCCUUGCCGGCGCUGGUGUUACUGCUCUGCUCUCUAGUCGUCGUGACGAGAACGGCGAACUGCCUGAGCACCGCCGCCGAAAGGUCCUCGCUGGUUCGGCCCUGGGUGCUAUUGGAACUGAGGCCCUUAGGAGGGCUUACAGUGCCCAUGAGGAAAAGCACGGAGGCUCGCCAGAUAGCCACUCGACUCUUAAGAAGGCUCUUGGCGUCGCCGCUGUCGGUCUUGCUGCCGCUGGAGCGGCCAAGUAUAUGCAGGCCAACAAGGUCGACAAGGAAGAGUCUAGUCGUGGACGCAGCCGAAGACGCUCGCACUCAGUCGCUACUUCCCGUUUCGGCUCAGGAUCGCGGGCUGGAUCUCGUAGCCGAAGGCGAAGCGUUUCAGUCGCCAAGGCCGCCUUAGGCACUGCCGCAACGGCCGGCCUCAUCAAGAAGCUUCGUAGCAGGUCGCGGAGAAAGAGCGGAGACAGGAGCAGGAGCAAAUCUAAGAUUCGCCACCUGGCUGAGAUCGGUGGUGCCGCCACCGCUGCUGGUGUCGCUGCGAAGCUUUGGGACAAGCGCGCUGAGAAGAAAAACAAGGAAGAUGAUGAGCGUGAGCUAAGCAGGGAGCGCGAGAGAAGUCGACGGCAUUCUACUCGAGGCCGAAGCAGGGAUCGAAGCUGGAGCCGCAGCCCGAGCCGUGGUCCCAGCCGUGCCUCGAGCCGUGCUCCUAGCAGGAGCAGGUCAAGAGCUCCCUCGGCCCGCAAUCGCUCUCCUGGUUCCGAGAUUGGCUUGAUCGAGUAUGGACAUGAUCCCCUCGGCCCUCCCCCUUCCAAGGCUGCACACGGAUAUGAAUCUGAAGCCGAGGAGAGGCGACGUCGACAAAGGAGGUCACGUGGUCGUUCUCACUCGUCUGACGAAGGCGAGGCAAGGGACAGGCAUGCCCGCAGCAAGAGCCGUUUGCGCGACAUGGCCGCAGGCGGAGCUGCUGCGCUCGGAAUCAAGGAGUUCAGAAGCCAAAAGGAAGAGGAGGACCUGGAUAGGAGGUCCCGAGAACGGCAAGCGAGAGAAGAAAUGCGACAACGUGACCGGAUGGAAGGGCGUGAUCGCUCGCGGUCAAGGUCCAGAGGAGGCCCGAGAGGCCCUGACUACUUCGGCGAUUACAAUGGCCGCACAUCGCCACCAACCGCAUCUGGAGGUGCCUACUAUCCACCGUACCCUUCCACCCCUGGUGGCGAGGAAGGUCCCGGUGGUUACGGCAAUCCUGCCAUGCCAGAGGCUAAUCUGUACCACAACAACCGAUACGUCCCUCAGGACUACACCGGUUAUGUCCCACCAAGAACUCCGGGUGAGAACGUGGGCAUGGGAAUCAAUGGAGGCGCGGGGCUCCCGCCUGCUCCUCCAGCCGGCCCGCCCCCGCGUCCCCGCUCCUCAACGGGCAAUUACCCCCCAGAGCAUGUGAGUGAAGAUCCCUUGUUGCGAGGGAGCGAAGAGGGUGCGUCCGAUCGGACUGUACCUCCGACCGAAGCACGGCCUCGGGCCAAGUCUGUGGUGUUUGGCCCUCUUUCUCCAAGAAGCUCGGUAACAAUGGAACGACACAGGAGGGGAUUUUUUGAUGAAAACAAGGACAUGAAGCGACCAGCCCCUCUCUUACUUGAAAACGGACCUUCAGACUCUCCUGACACCCCCGAUUCUCCUGAGAAACCUAAAGAUGACCGCUCUGGCCAAGACUCAUCGUCAGAGCGACGCAUUGUCCGUAUCCGACCUCAAGAUCUCCUUGCUGGCUCUCAAGACCGGGCCCGUCAACGUCGCGAUGAGAGCAACGACCGCAACAAGCGCGAUGAGGGUGGUGAUCGCGAUGACCAUGACAAGCGUGGCGAACAUGAGGAGCGAGAGCGUUCGUCGGAACGACGCAUGGUCCGUAGACCCUCCAGGAAAUCACGCUCUCCCGCAUCGGAAUCGGACGAUGAUAUUGAGAUCCUUCCCGACCGCUUUGAUGAUAGUGGCUCCCCCGUAAGCGAACAUAGACAUCGCCGCUCCCACCACCGGAGCAGCCGCAGCGCCGACUACCAUCAUAGGAGUCGCCACCCUGACGAUCAGGACAGGCGAGGUUCAUUUCAGUUUGGCGGGGCCGACCCUCAGCUGAUGGACACCGUGGUCCGGGGCGUCACGAGCGUCAUGGAGGGCAAGAAGAACUGGGUGUCUUUACUGGGCGACGUACUGGGCAGCGGUGUAAUCGGGGGUCUUGGCGCUCAAGCGUUGCCGGAUGAAGACGAACACGAUCGCAGGCGGCAUCGACAUAGAUAA